AUGGAGCUCCAAAUAGUGUUGCUAAGCGACUUCUGCGACGCCACGUUGUCAGACAAGGGUGAGCUCCUUGAUGCCGCUAGGCGCGGACGUGUGGCAAAGGCCGAGGAAAUUCUGCAGCGACCCCAAGACCCGGAUUUUUUGGCCGAGGAGGCGCUGUUGGAUGAUGAUGAGCCCAUGGGGUUCAGUCAAUAUUUGACCCCCCUUGUUGCAGCUUCGUACCAUGGGCAUUCGGAAGUCGCACGAUUGCUGCUGGAGGCCCGCGCUCGCCUGUACGAUGACAGGAGUCUUCGACGUGGAUACAGCGCUCUUCAAGCAGCAGCUAUGAAUGACCAGGCGGAGACAUUGAGCUUGUUGCUGGAGGAGGCAUGCGACUCGCCGUUGUAUAUCAAUCUGCUCGACGAUUCUCUUUCUUCAGCAACUCACAACGGGAGCGCGGCCAUCGUUGAAAUGCUUCUGGAAGCCCGUGCCAGCGCAGACCCACCCGACCCCUUCUCCAGCUCGCAUCUUUGCAGGGCAGCCUGGGCAGGGCACACAGAGGUGGCGCGCUUGCUGUUGCAGGCUGGGGCCAAGGUUCAUCGAAGCUCCUAUGCGCCGGCUUACGAUCUUCGCCUAACUCCGCUGUCUGCGGCGAGCUGGCGGGGCCAUGUGGACCUCGUGCGCUUACUUAUCGGGGCUGGCGCCGAUGUGCGUGUGUCAGGAACGCUCUCUGUGUACUGUUGCGCAGGUGUCGACGUAUCCAACCGAGCAAAGCGUUCUCUUGUCUUGCGGGUGGCCAGAUGCAAACGCAGCAGGCUGUCCAUCUCUCGAUGGGCCCGCAUC